AUGCACCCACCCGCCGCCUCUCCCGAUGAGGCCAACGUGUCUUAUUUCUUCUCAGCAAUGCACGCCCUCGCAGUCACCGUCUCACGAUUUGAAAUCGACACCCUGCACAUCCCGCCUUCCCUAAGCUUCUUUACCGUGAAUGCCCGAGACGAAAAAGCGUUCAUGGAAGGUGUCAUGUUCUUUGCUGCUUUGAUGAACUCUUUCGUCACUAUACCCCUGCUUGACUGGCUGGGGGAUAGGUACUACCCUAAGCCGCGGCCACGAUAUUGGAUUCGGUCUUUCGGAUGGUAUUCGCUGUUCUUCGUCACAUUCUACGUGAUUAAUGUUACUGGUCGCUUUGGGAAUGGAUGCGAGGGACUUCGUGCAGCGGGUCAUGUCUGUUGA